GCGACAUUUCAUUUCUUCGAGGAAGGAGCCAAUAUGGCUACCCAUCACAAAGAUUUAGUUUGACUGGAGACAUGGACUCAGUUCAUCCGUUUUUGGAGUUUAUUUUUCCAACUAAUCUGUGUUAAUAGUUCGUGGCUGUUAAACUAUGGCAUCUCAGGAAAAGAUCAAACUUUUAUUUGAAGAUCUAGGAAAACCGACUUUACGAGGUGUUCGUAAGUGUCCUAAAUGUGGUACCUAUAAUGGCACAAGGGGGAUUAGCUGCAAGAACAAGGCUUGUGAUGUUGUGUUCAAGGAGAAGGAAAGGAAGCGUGGCCACAGCGCUGAUGCAGUCAAAAUCAUCACUGGUUCUACAGUGCAGGUUUUCUCAGUGCGACUUCGUGAUCGAGGACCUGACUAUAGAGGGUUUGUACAACUACCACUAGUUCAAGAUCUGGAUGGGAAUCCAGCCACAAUGGUAGACCCCUCAGUGCUCGCUACAGCUGCAAGGUGCUAUGUGGACACGUGUAGUCGGAAUACAAACCAGAUUAAUAUCCAACAAGAUCAACCUUGUGCUCACAUCAAGGCUGCCAUAGAAUGCACAGCAGAAGCUCAGCCCCUCACCCUAAAGAACUCUGUACUCAAUUCCCUUCAAGUCUCAAAUGAAACAAAGCAGGCGAUCUGGCUUCUGGCUACAGAGACAACAGGUCCCCUUGUACAGAGAGUCACGAAGAAUAUCAUGGUAGUCAAGUGCAAACCUAACCCGAAACAACCACUAGGCUUCCUUCAUUUUGCUUUCUUUGAGACCUCAAGAAACAGAAACGCACCAGACUACAAGUUUCAAUGUAGCUGUAAGAUAUUUAAGAAUUUCAAACCGGGUGCACCAAAGGAUGACACGAUGAAGCGGUGUGUCCACUUUUAUGCCUGUAUCUGUGCAUUUGCUAGUGAUGAUAAACUGGCAGAAGAAUUUGAGCAUUAUGUCAACUUGGACAACGCCUUAUCCACGAUAACGCCGAGUGUCAGCGUGACUGAGCGGCAGGUGCUCACAAUCUAUCAGACAGCUGACGGCUCCACGCUGACUACUACUGACCCCAGCACACUGGAGGUCAUCGUCACAGAGGAAGAUAUUCUUGGUCCGACAUCCGCCAAGAAGAAGAAGAAAGAUGACACUCUGGCUCAAGCCAGCAGUGCACUGCUCACACUACAGGAGGGGACGCCUGCACCAAAGAAAGCCAGUCCUGUCAAACAGCAGACCCAGCAAACUGUCAAGACUAUUGUCACCACUCCCAAGAAACCAGUCCAGACCCCAUUCCUGGAUGAGACUCAGACAAUCAUCACCUGGCACCAGUGGCUGGCCAGUGUCACGGAGAGGAUCAACCAGACCAUGCACUACCAGUUCGAUGGUAACCCGGAACCCCUUGUGUUCCAUGCACCUCAAGUGUUCUUCGACUGUCUCCAACAAAGAAUCUCAGCUGGAAGUCGCAAGAAACGUUUGCCCAACUACACGACCGGCUUUGUAAGGAAGGACGCCCUCCCACUGGGCACCUUCACCAAGUACACCUGGCAUAUCACAAAUAUACUCCAUGUCAAGCAGAUAUUUGACACUCCAGAAAUGCCUCUAGAGAUUACGAGGAACUUUGUAGAGAACAGGGAUGGGACGUUUGAUCUGUACGAGAUACCCAAAGUGCAGGUGGAAAACAUUGAUGAUUCUUUCAAGGGGAAAACACAGACACCUAUCAGGCCAUUUGAACUGAAAACCUUUCUCAAAGUUGGUAAUAUCAGUGGGGAGAACAAAGACCCCACUCCUUUCAUAAUCGAAUGGAUACCAGACAUUUUACCACGGUCUCGGAUUGGUGAGCUCAGGAUCAAAUUUGAAUACGGUCACCAACGAAAUGGACAAAUUGAGCACAGAAUCUCAGCGCCUAGUUCUGAUAUCCCCAUACAGACAAUACAGUUUCAGGAGGUGUGUCAAACAUAACACAUGACUCUGGUGGCCAUUACCUAGUCGCAUCAUUACGAGGAACGACAUUCCCACCAAGCCAGUGGUGGGAAAAAUGUCCAGAUGAGUUACCUCCCUUUGUCCAACCUUGCAGACAAUCAGUGUCCACAUCAGAACAAAAUGGCAUAUCUACAUUGAAGAUACAUAACCGAACAGUAUUGCUGGCUGUUGGCAUGUUAGUGUGUUCGACUUUGUGAAUGUCUGCGAAUGAGUCCAGCUUGUAGUUAUGGUAGCUCAGUGUUGCCAUGGAUAUCAUGGAGUCAGCAUCAAGCACUGGUCAAGUGUUGCAUGGAUGCUGUGUGUUGCCAUUUCUGGACAAAAACAUGUCUCCCACAGAACUGAUUCCUGCAGAAGGAACACUCAGAUUAUCUGUAUAUAGUGUGUUGACAUGGCAUCAAAUUGACAUGUGUAAAUAGACAGUAACCAUGGUAACAGUGACAUUGGGCAUUGAUGUAGUGUGACAACCAUAUGUUGAAUGUUGGAUCAGGCUGAAAAGUACAUGCUGGUUAAGUAAUUAAUUUCUCUGAAAAGAACAUGAGAUCUAAUCUUUAUGUUUUUGAACCAAAGUGACUAAGAUUGUCUAUAUGGUCUCGUUACAACCAGCCAGUGAAACUACUAUCAGUGCAUUUAGCAGCAGUGAGGCAAGCCUAGCAUCACCUCCCCCUAGUGAUUCCUGUGUGUGGUGUCUAGCUUGGUCUGUGAAGAAAACAGUCAACUAUUUGGAUGACAGAUCCCGACAACGGUACAACAUGUGAAGCCUGCUCUGUCCCAUGUAGAAGCACUAGCUCAUCAAAUGACAGAAUUCCCCAGAAAUCUCUAUAUAUUUGUUAUGUUUUUGUUAGGCUUCUUUCCUUAUGAGUUACAGUGUAUGAGAAGGAAAAAUAUUUAUAUUUAUUUACAUUAAAACCUGGAGAGUAUGUUUCCUGCAUUAAAACCAUUGGAAUAACAGUUUGAACAUGUUCGAGGUGAUUCGACGAUAAAGCAGUUGCAUGAGCUGGCUGAAUGAUGUUGUGUUGAAUGAUGUUGUCUUGAAGGAGAACUCUCUGACUCAUGCAAGUUGUCUUCACCAAUUGGUUGUUGACAUUCACAAACUGAGUCACCGUAGGCUUUCUUACCAUACACAGUUGACGCACCAGCGGUAGAAACUAACAGUUUUAGUCAACUGGUCCUUUUGAUGAUAUCAUAUAGCAAAACCCUUAAUAUUGGCAAAUUUCUACUUGUCCAUAUGAUACCUUAACUUUUGGGCAGUUUGGCAAGGACUAUAUAACUAAUGCCAAUUUCUAAUGCUGCACCAUAAAAUACUGUUCAAAGUCCACAAAAGCUCAUUCACUAACCAGAUCAAGUUAUUGUUGAUGCCUUGUUAGACAUUUCUACAUAUGUACAUUAGAUGCUGAAAAGUUGACUAGAUGCUGCCAUAGUAACCAUGGUGACUGAGAUCUUCCUAAAACUGUAGACUUGACCACUGGAAUGUGGAAACAUAAGAGAAUCUUAUCAUUUUUGAUCACAGGAUGAUCUGUAGUUGUUGUCUCAAGGCUAAAACCAUUAGUGUUUACUCAACACUACUUCUAUUACCUAAAUUCUCGUCACUUUGGUUAAACUAUGUGGUUCUGAUUGCCAGAACGUUUUUGUGCCAAACUGAUUUUGUUUGCAAUUCCCAUAAAAUGCAAAGGCGACUAUGCUUGUCUUAAGAGGCGACUAACAGGAUCGGGUGGUCAGGUGCGCUGACUUGGUUGAUGCAUGUCAUCGAUGCCAAUUGCGUGGAUCAAUGCUCAUGAUAUUAAUCACUGGAUUGUCUGGUCCAGAGUCGAUUAUUUACAGACAAACGUGAUAUAGCAGGAAUAUUGCUGAGUGUGGCGUUAUACAACAAACCAACCAACCAACCCAUAAAAUGCUUGAAAGAGUUUGGUGUUUUCUUGUAAUUACUUUAUAUACUGGUAUGUGGUAAUUAUAUUUACCUACAAAUCAGCUAUAAACUGGGUAUAAUUGAUCAGUGUAGUCGGAACCACAUCGCUUCUACAUACUAGGUCCCUGUAAACAAUCUUUAUUUUACUAUCGAUAUUUACUGUAUAUGACACCUCUCAGCUUGAAGAUCUAAAAAUAACUGUCGUAGGAGGUUGUAUUGGGUGGAUUUUCUUAUCAGCCAAUCAGCAUUGAAGUGUCCUCAAAGUUUUGGUACAAACGAGCAAAAUGUUGUGCGCAAUGCAUCUGAUUUCUAUAUCUCGAAAAGACUACAAAAUUGGGAAGUUCUGAAUGGAAACUAAUAAAAGCUGUGCUGUAUAUUGUUGUGGAUAUACUAUGCACCCUGUCAUUUCUGAUUGCCAUGGCACCUACUCCCAAAAGGGUCUACUAUUGACUCGCAAAGUGAGGGAACAUUUGUCUUCUGUGUUGGUGUUUCAUUUGUAAAGAUGAUAUUUUCCGAUUCGAGGUGAAGUGAGGAAUUGGACCUAAUCAUUUUGAAAGCUGAUUGGCUGAAGUACUAUUUCUCAUUCAUUUAGAUAGGGUGGUCAGGGUUCACUGACAUAAUCCUAUGGAGGGUUUGCCAGAUCUUCAUGCACUGAAGUAUCAUAUCCGAUUAAUGGUUUGGUGCCACUUUGAAGCGCUGAAAGGUAGCCUAUGUCUCAAAUACUCACUUGCUGUAAUGUCAGCCUGUACUCUGUCCAGGAGUCUCACUGUAAUGUCGACCUGUACACUGUCCAUGAGUCUCGCUGUAAUGCUGGCCUGUACUCAGUCUCGCUCUAAUGUCAGCCUGUACUCUGUCCAGGAGUCUCACUGUAUCAUAUCCGAUUAACGGUUUGGUGUCACUUUGAAACGUCCAUGAGUUUGGUGUCCAUGAGUCUUGCUGUAACGUCGGCCUUUCUCUGCCCAGAAGUCUCGCUGUAAUGUCAGCCUGUACUCUGUCCGGGAGUCUCGCUGUAAUGUCUGCCUUUCUCAGCCCAGACAUCUCUCUGUAAUGUCGGCCUGUACUCUGUUCACGAGUCUCGCUGUAAUGUCGGCCUGAAACCUGUACAUCAAAAACAGUAAGCCCCAGCGGUCAAUGUUAAUCCUGUGUUGUACACAAAAUGGUUUAUGUUUUAUUGUAUGUUUGGCCCAUGGUUUUGUAAGUUAUUUUGCAUGUUACUUAACUUAUUUGUAAGUUUGUCCAAUGACUGAAGGAGAUGCAUGUCACUGCCACAUCAACUUCUACCGAUUCCCUGGGCUUGACUGAUGCACAUCAAAUUGAUGGAUAGGUUGCAGUCAAGCCUUGCAUCUGUAUCAACCUUUGCAGGCAGGAUGAUCAAGAAUGGGUAGUCGGACUUAUUCUUCAUUAUCAAAAUUCUCUAUAUUACAAUCUGCUAUAGUUGGGGUUCAUUCAGGAAAAGUACAUGUACUUGAAUUAAGUAAGAUAUUCGAAAAUGGUCUCAGUGUGUAAAAGUAUAUAAGUUGGACACAAUACUACUUGAAAAAAUAAUAUGUUUCCUUUCAAGGUAUUGAAAAUAAAGUAGAGGAUUAUGUUCCACAGGGUUUCUAUCAAACAUUUUCAAACAUAACCGUCUGAUAAAAAUUGCUUUUUUUUAUCAUAGUAAAACGCCAACCAUGGUAUCAAGUUGCAAUUUUUGGUAAAUUAAGUAUCUUAAAGUAAAUAUUGAUACGUAAACGAAUAGGUAGAUCAUUCCCAAUGUCAUCAUAAGUAUCUUUUCUGGGAUAAAACAGUACCUUGAUAACCAUGUAGGCCACAUAUCAGCUGGGGACUGUAUACUUAUGUUCUCUUUGACAUGGAGCUCAGUAAUGUAUACAUAGCUUCUCUCUGUGAUGUAGAGCUGGGUACUGCAUACUUAUGUUCUCUUUGACAUGGAGCUCAGUAAUGUAUACAUAGCUUCUCUCUGUGAUGUAGAGCUGGGUACUGCAUACUUAUGUUCACUUUGACAUGGAGCUUAGUAAUGUAUACAUAGUUUCUCUGUGUGACAUGGAGCUGGGUACUGCUGUAUACAUAUUCUCUCCUGGAGCAAUAGCUGUCUGAAUAUACACAAAGUAAUAAAGCUGUGGCCGUGAUUGCCUCUUGAUGUUAACCAUUGUAAA